AUGGAUCAGUCAAUUGACGCCGAGCAGGCUCUUUUGGAGCGGCAUCGUGCUGAGAAGAAAGAUUUGCAAAAUCAAAUCACUGGGAUGAAAAAGCAGGCUACCAAGUCCAAGCGGAAACAAGUCAACGCUCGUUGCGAAGAGCUCGAGCAUCAAAUGCAGCUGCGACACAAGCAGGAGCUUGAAGAGCUUACACAGGGUGCGGGAGCAGGAGCAGAGGCAAAAGCACCAGAAGAAACACACUCACAGAACCCACAAGACGGCGAAGAAGCACAAGAAGUGAGUCCCGAAAAACUGCUCGAGCAGCUGAGUAUGGACGGGCAAGAUGCAGCCAACGCCGCCACGACAAAUGCCACACAGCAGCAGCAGCAGCAGCAGCAGCCGAAGAAACGACGGAAUCGUCAGCGUGAAAAAAUCGCCAAGCGCGAGGCAGAAGUCGCACGCAUGAAGCAGGCUGCCGCACUAGAGGCUGCUCAAAUGCCCGAUUAUAAACAGAUGGAGCAGGACGCUCUGGACCAGAUCUGCACUCUCAACAAGCUGAUUCAGCACGAUAUCCAGCCCGACGGUCACUGUCUCUUUGCAUCGAUCCUGGAUCAACUCCAAACCCGCCAUUUGCCCUUGGAGGGCUGUGUCUACGAGUUUCCCAAAAGCUACUCACACACCAACGCUUCACACCAUCUGGACGUAUACAAACUACGAUCUCUAGCGACAUGUUACGUUCGCGAGCACCCGGACGACUUCGUGCCCUACCUGUUCGAUGAGGCCACACUCACGGUCAAAGACAUCGCUGACUACACCAAGACCAUGGAAGAGACAGCACAAUGGGGCGGUGAGGUCGAGAUCCUCGCGCUGGCGAAAGUUUUAAAAUGUUGCAUCAGCGUCCUGAUGAGCGGCAGAGCUACUCACCUAGUGAAUGAAGACGAAAUGACCAAUCCGCAGCUCAAACUAGUCUACUACAAGCACAGUUACGCUCUCGGAGAGCACUACAACUCUCUGCGCGAUGAGUAA